AUGAGCCUUCCCGACGGUCAACCCCCCGCCCAUGCCGGCGAUGACGAGGGAGAAUUCCUGUACGACGUGGAAGAUGACUUCUGGGGUUGUGCUGAGCCAUUAGAGAACUACAAACCCGGCGGCCUCCAUCCCAUCAUCCUCGGCGACCGACUCGGUGACAAUGGUCGAUUCCGUGUGGUACACAAGCUAGGCCAUGGCGGCUACGGCACUGUCUGGCUAUGCCAGGACACACUCUCCCCAACCCCCAAGUGGAGAGCAGUGAAGGUUAUGUCCGCCAAAGAGUCGAAACUCGACUGCGCUGAGCUUCGCGCAAUGGGAGCCUUCCGUGGAAUCGACCUCUCAACCAUUGAAAACGAUCUCCACAUCUCCGUCCCCCUCGAUUACUUCUGGAUCAACGGCCCCAACGGCCGCCACCUCGCCCUCGUCUUCACGCUCUCUGCCAUCACCGCCAAUUAUAUGUUCAGCAUAUGCGGCCAAAGCCGCACCCUGGUCAAGGACCUCUGCUUCCAGCUCUUCAUCCACUCCCGCGGCCUCUGCCACGGCGACUUUCGACCCCCCAACAUCCUCGUCCGCCUCUGCCACGGCGUCGACUCCCUCCCCGAAGAAACCUUACUCAAAUCCUUCCGCAACGGCGAAAAGCCCGAAACCGGUCGGGUCUUCUCCAUAAAGGACGGAAAGCCCAUCACCCGUGCCUCGGCGCCCUCUGUACCCGAGCAACUCGUCGGCUCCACGUCAAUUGGCUUUUACUCCGGCCUCUGCGCUGCUUCCCUCGCCGUAACCGACUUCGGCGUGGCUGCACGGGCACUCCUCGGCCCUGCGUCGGAUAUCUGGGCACUCGGUUGCUGCAUCAUGAACCUGGCGCUGGGCUUCACCCCUUUUGCUCACGAAGACGAGGGCGACGACGGCAACAUGCAUGCCGCCAAGAUGGAGUCGCUGAUGGGACCGAUGCCCGAGCCGUUCAGGGCGGCGUACAAGGAGGAGCACAAGCGGCAGCCGAACAACGAUGGGGAGCUGAAGCCCAUCACGGAGAUGCCCUCAAUAUGCCCAGAGUACAUUCAGUUGCGGGUGGACAACGAAGAGGCCGAUCAGCUCUUUGAUCUGCUCAUGUCCAUCUUCAAGUGGCACCCCAAAGAUCGCGCAACGAUCCAACAAGUACUCGACCAUCCCUGGUUUGAGGAACGCAAUCAGAAUGCUGCCGUGGGCCCUCAGCGCGUCAGCACAAAGAGGAACAUGGUGGAUGAUGUAGUCAAGGGCUUCAAGUCUUACCUCAAUGCUGGCAGCGCCGGCAGCCUCUUGUCCGGGAGCUUCUCUUAG